GGAGAAAGAUCAGCCCUCAGUUUGAGCUGAAACAGCAGUAUGUGAGCUUGUUUAGCUGUUGUCAGUUUGUCACCCAACUAAAAGAAUACAAAAAUACACUUUCAUUGUGAUGUAAUGCGAGCAGGAGCAGAUGAUAAGAAAAGGACCGUCACUGCCGAGGAAAAUAUAAUCAUUUCUAAGGGGGACAUCUAGAUAUGACAACUUCUAGAGGCCCAUUUCUACAAAGAAUAGUGAAGUUCUGCAUAUAUACUAUAUCCUGGCUUGUGAUAUUUUUUAUUAGUUACAACAGUCAUUUGAAAAAGAGAAAGUCGGAGAUUAUCUUCCCCUUAUCAACAGAGGAGCCUUUGCCCACCAAGCCUUUGUAUCCCUAUGUCCUAGAGGAGCCUGGCAAAUGUGCAGGAGGGUCGCCUUUUCUGUUGCUGCUAAUUCCUUCCAUGCCACAUGAAGCUAUAACCAGAGAUAUUCUAAGAAAAACAUGGGCUAAUGAAACACUGGUGAAAGGAAUAUCUGUUGUUAGACUUUUCCUCUUAGGGAUGCCAUCUAAUAGUUCUACCCAAGAACUGGUGAAGUGGGAAAGUGAUAUUUACCAUGACAUCAUUCAGCAGGACUUCAUGGAUACGUAUUAUAAUCUCACAGUCAAGACAUUAAUGGGAAUAGAGUGGGUGAGUCGUCUGUGCCCAAAUACCAAAUAUGUCAUGAAGGUGGACAGUGACAUGUUCAUGAACCCAUGGUUCCUAAUCCACCAAAUUUUGAAACCAGAAAGUGAGCAAAAAGUGGGAUUUUUUACAGGAUUAGUGUUAAGAUACGUUAUGCCUUUCAGGAACAAAGGUAGUAAAUGGUACAUACCUUUAUCUGUUUACUCCAGAUUUUUUUAUCCUCCUUACUGCUCCGGUACCGGUUAUGUCUUCUCAGGAGAAUUGUCAGGAGAGAUAUACAAGCAGACAGAACAAAUUCCCCUGAUUCAGUUUGAGGAUGUCUAUAUUGGAUUGUGCUUGGAGAAGAUUGGAAUUAAGCUCUCCAUGCCAGGUGGACAAUGGUUCAUAGGCGAGAGAGAGGAAUAUGAAAGGUGCAAAUUUGCAUCUCUUGUCACUGUUCAUCACUAUAGUCCAGACGAAUUGUUAUAUUUAUGGCCUGAUUUUCUCAAGGCUCAGGAGAGCUGCCAUAGAUAAAAGAAUGGGGAUAUGAUUCUAAAAUGCAUUUUAACUUGUAAAAUAAAUAUUUUUCUAUUGUAAAAUAUUUUUUUACCCAUGGAUGCCAGUUUAUGAUGUAAUUUUGCCAAUGCUGUAUAAAUACUGAAUUUUGUGUUUGUGGCAAACAAUAUCAACUCUUAAAAGUGCAUCAUUACUUAAAAGGUACAUGGAAGUCAAAAUAAAACUCUCAUGAUUCAAAAGAAAA